UGAGCCCUUACACAGCAAAACAUUGCAUCUGAUUUCACAGCAUCAUUGCUUAAUAGUGACGGAGAGCUCCUUGCAUUUUGCAGUAUCAUCUGGAUUAGAGAGAAGCUAAGAUAUUGAUUUAAAGAUGAAAACUGCUGUGUUCAUUGCAUGCCUUGUCGGCUUGGCCUAUGCAUACCCACUAUCAGACUCAAAUUCCUCUCACAUGGAUUCAUCUGAAAGCCACAAAUCAGAUUCAUCCCGAGAUACGUCUUCUUCAGAAGAGUUCACAACCCCCCCAGUAAAUAUUACACUGAUGCCCUUAACCGAUGAACCAAGAGGUGACAGCCCACGUCUCAGACGUGCUUUAAGACAGUAUGUAUCUUCAAGCGAAAGUCACAGCAAAUCCAUCUCAUUCCCUGACUCCUCCUCUUCCUCCUCCUCUGAAGAAUUGAGAAUUGUUCCUACCGCUGAUGGGACAACAGCUGGUCAAGCAAUGACAGAAAACCUGCGCCGUAGACGUGCCGCUGAACAGAAACCUCAAAGCAGCUCCUCGGAGCAAUCAUCUUCUGAAAGUACAACCACUGAGAGCACAAGCAGCCAGUCUCCAUCCAGUUCAGAAGAAGAUAGCCAAGAGCACAGCACUAAGCAGAACUUAUUGCAGGGUAUCCUGGAGACAUCCACUGUUCCCGACACUUCUGAAGAGAGCUCCGAAGAAAGAACAACAAAAACUCCACUCUUCCAGCCUUAAGCAUGUCAGCUUAUCAUGACAUUCAUUGUUUCUGCCUUCCGUCUUUCUAUUUGAGUGAAUAGUUUAUGUAAUGUCAUUAAUGCAGUUCACUUUUUAUAACCUCAUAUGGAGUCAUGCA